AUGGCAAAGGCAGACAAGAAACCAGCGGAGAAGAAACCCGUCGCCGAGAAGUCACCAGUGGAGAAACCCAAGGCAGAAAAAAAGAUCCCGAAGGACACCUACAAGAUCUACAUCUUCAAGGUUUUGAAGCAGGUUCACCCUGACAUCGGGAUCUCAAGCAAGGCUAUGGGGAUCAUGAAUAGUUUCAUCAAUGAUAUUUUUGAGAAACUCGCUCAGGAAUCUUCUAGACUCGCUCGAUACAACAAGAAGCCUACUAUCACAUCUCGCGAGAUUCAGACUGCUGUUCGUCUUGUUCUCCCUGGUGAACUUGCUAAGCACGCUGUCUCUGAGGGAACCAAAGCCGUCACCAAAUUUACCAGCUCUUGAAUACAUACAUUUCUCUAAUUUAGGGUUCAUAUAAUGUAUAUUUUGGAUCUCAACGUUUUGAUGUAACAUUGAAGAACCUUUCGAAUGAAAUCUCAUUUUGCCCUAAUUUUAUUUUGCAAUUUUUUUCUUAUAAUAUUUUUACAAUUCUCUUGUUUCUGUUGUGAUCGUUUCGUUCUGCUAUCUGUAUAAUACGGAUUUGCCUUACGCA